AUGUCGGCGGUGCGGUCGCCCUAUGCGCGGUCGGACUGGUACAUUGCCAUGCGUUUGAACCCGGGACAAGACAACGUCCUCUCGAAUCGAAAUGAGGCCAAACACGAGGAUCUAAGGCGGAGAAUGGGAUUUGGAUAUUCCGGCAAAGAAAACCUCACUCUCGAGCAGGAUAUCGACGAUUGCGUACUUGAAUUGGUCCAUCUCAUCAACACGAAAUACGUCAGUGGCCCUGGAAAAAUGAUUCCGAUGGACCUGGCACGGAAGAUUCAGUUUUUCACCAGCGAUAUUAUGAGCAAGCUGUCAUUCGAUGGCAAAUUCCAUGAUCUCCGGGACGACAAUGACAACCUGGGGUAUAUCCAUGAACUCGAGACGAUCUUUCCCAGCAUCUUUUGCACUUGCUGCAUCCCUCGAGUCAUCGAGUUCCUCACCAACAUCGGCUUUCUUGGUCUCUUCGCGCCCUCUGCCAGCAGCAAGCUUGGUCUAGGCAAGGUAUUGUCCAUCACACGAGAACAGGUCGCCAAACGCUUUGGACCCGAUGGCAAGGCCAAGGGCGAAUACAGUGACAUGCUUGGUAGCUUCAUUCGGCAUGGACUUACCCAACAAGAAGCCGAGUCGGAGAGUGUCAUGCAAUUGGCCGCCGGGUCGGAUACAACUGCCACCGGGCUUCGAGCAACGCUGCGCGGCAUCAUUUCCAGUCCGCUGGCGUAUAAGAGAUUGAUGACCGAGAUCGACGAGGCAGUCACAGCUGGAAAGAUACCUUCGAAUGACCUAGUAAUCUCCAAUGCCCAAGCGAGGGACCUUCCAUACCUGCAGGCGUGCAUCAAGGAGGGGUUGCGGUGGUAUCCGCCUAUUGCAGGAAUGUUGGCGAAGAAGACUCCGCCCGCGGGUGACACCAUCAGCGGUCACUUCGUUCCUGGUGGCAUCUCGAUUGCCUAUUCGGCAAAGCAGGUCCACCACUCACCGGCUCUCUUUGGUCCCGACGAGAACGCUUUCCGGCCGGAGCGAUGGAUUCUCCAGAGUGAGGGCGGAGACGAAUCAUCUGCCGAGAAACUAAAGGCCAUGGAGCAAAACAAUGAGCUCAUCUUUGGAUAUGGCAAGUAUCAAUGUCUGGGUAAGACCGUGGCCAUGAUCGAGCUGAAUAAGGUGAUCUUGGAGUUACUUCGUCGUUUCGAGUUCAGCCUUAUGAACCCCUUGGACCCCUGGAAGACGAGAUGUUUCGGGAUUCACUUGCAGACCGAUAUGUGGGUGACGGUCCACAGACGGUCCUUGCGUGCCCCCAAUAUAUAA